GCGAGGCAAUGGAGGAAAGCAUUACUUUCCACGGCCUCGGCUCUCUCUCGAUUUGGGAACUCGCUCCUCGUCUCAGAUUAACCUUUCACCAUGAGAAGUUUCCUCUGCCUAGCCACUGUGCUCGUCGUCGUUGCCUAUGCCAGCGCAUCGCCGCAACCAGCAGAUUCGAUGAGGACCGAAGUGAGCGGCCGUCACAACGAUGUCGCUGCAGCUCGGCUUAAUUUUGGGACGGCCAUCAGCCUUAUCGUCCCCAUCGCUCUGGGAGUGGCUCUCGUCGCUGCGGUUGCGCCCCUCUUCACCAGCCUGUUCGCCGCCCCCAUUCCCUUCGGGGCUACCGUCGGCUAUGCCCGAAAGAGCAAAUCUCUCUUCUCAGGGAUCACCCAAGAGAACGUAAUGAAUGUCCUGGACGGCGUCACCAAGGCUAUCGAAGCGUAUGCCUCGCUCGACGCAGACACUGCAAAACCUAAACUCUGAGGGAACUGUGUUUAUUUAAAUUUCAUCCAUUUACUUGUUUAUUACAUUUCACUCGUUUGAGCGAGCUGGCUUCGCUCAAACAUUUCAAGAAAACCUCAUUCUGAAAGCAAAUCUAACAUCUAGUAGUGUG